AAUAGGCCUUGAUCUCAUAGCUUCCCGGCAAAAUAUGACAUAAUCAAUGCAGCGAGGGUGUAUAUAUAUAAGAGCUUGGGAUAAGUUGUCUAGUAAGAAAUACCUGAGCAAAUCUGAAGCAUCUAGUUGAAGAAAGAGGUUCCUGUAGUUCGUGUAAUUCUGAUUCACUUAACGAAAAGAGGCUAAGUUGGUCAAAGGCACUCUUUGAACGAAAGAAAAAAAAACUGAUAAAUACCAUCGCGGGCGAAAUCAAGAAUCUUCACACCCCAGUUGUAUAUACACGUUUUUGAUGAUGAAGAUCUGUCUUGUAAUCGUCGCUCUCGUUCACGCUGUCACAUCGUCACCUGUGCCAGCAUCGUCAUCAUCGCCGUAUUGUCUUCCAAUGAACCAAGCUGAUUACGAAUCACGAGAAAGAAACGGCCAACUCUUCUAUCCAAACCAAGACGCAUUCGCCGUUCAGAGUUUUAACAUUAGCGACGUGGAUAUGGGAAGAAAAGAAGUAUCAAGCUGUCCGUACGAUGGCCUUUCCAGCGCCAAGAGCUGCCCGAACGGCGCCAAACCAAGUGCUUCUGAACCAACCAACUCCAACCAGGAUGGAAUGUGCCCGUGGACCUACGUCGAGUGCUUCGACCCCGAUCGCAUCCCGAUGUCAAUCAGCAUGGCGCAGUGUCAAUGUUCAGCGUGUUUAGACCCUUACACCCACAUGGCUGAUCCUAACUUGCGAUGCCAACCUAUCUUUCAUAACAUGAAAGUCCUGAGAAAAACCCAGUGUGUGGAUGGUCUUUUUCGAUAUGAAGAGGAGACUGUGAAUAUCCCGGUAGCGUGUGCAUGUAUGAGACAGCGAGUGGCUUGAACUUGUCUCGAGCUGAGCAAGAAAAGAAAAACCCGCCAAAACACCAAAGAUGACUAUCACCUUGCCUUGUUUACAAUUUAUAAUAACUUAUUGAAUAUCAGAAAUGUAUUUUGUAUUCAUAUUUAAUAUUUAUAUGUUUAGCCUUUCAAUUUAUUAUUAAAUUUAUCAUAAAUAUUUAUUCUUUCAAACUGUAUUUAAAGACAUAUUUGUGCAAAAUAUAUAUAUAUUUUUAAUAUUUCGAACUUAAUCACUGAUAUUUAUUACCUUUGUCUUAAAACGUCUAUCGUUACUUAUCUUUUUUGUGUGUGUUUAAGCACGUUAUGAUAAACAGGUUCUGUUUUAGAAACAGCUUACUCGUAAACCAUGUCAGUUUGGCAAACGUUUGUAUCCACUGUGUGGAGUGUUUGUUGCGAAAUGAUGAUUUCUUAAGUUCCGUAGUUAUAACUUGAAUUAUUUACAUGUAUACGAUUAUCAACGUGAUGUAUUAAACACAUGACUAAGAUUUUGUUUUCUUAAUCCAAAGUCUGUUGCUUAUUGUAUUCAUUGUUUGACAUUUAGACCUAUAUGUGUAUGGUAUGUAACUUAUUGUUGUAUUCAUCAAAAUUAUUAAGAGUUUUGAUAUCACAUUUUGACAAUAUAUACAUAUAUAUGUCUAUGUCAAUAUGAAAGGACUUAUAUUUAUUGUUUGUAUUUAAUAUGCCUUUUGAUGCUCCUUUAUCAAUACUAUAAUAUGUGUGCGUUUUAGAACGUUUUGCAUAAACUGUUUCUGUGAAGCAAACAGCAUGCUAGUAGACAGUGUCAAGUUUGACAAAUAUUUGUAUCCACUGUGUGGAGUAUUUGUUUACUAAGUUAGAAAUCGAAAUGUAUUUUGACAGACAUGGUAUCAAUACUAUAAAUUACAACUCCUUUAACGUAGUCUUGUCAACACCCAAUACUUUUUUUAACUGUCAUCCAAAUAUGUUACUAUAAAAGUUUGGAACUCUUUGCCAACAUCAACGCAAAAUUUUCAAUCAAUGCAAUCUUUUAAAUGCGUAUAUAAAGCUGCUUAUUUUUUUAACUAAUGUCAUUCUUAUUCUUUUAGCAUUUGUUUAUCCACCUCCUGAAUACUUGUCUUAUUUCUAUAUAUUUUUGUGAAUUAUUUAAUAUAUACUUUGUUUUACAUGUAAUUCAUUUAGAUAC